AUGGCUGUGUUACCAUCCAGAGACGACCGCCGAAUUAUCCUCCACUUUGAUUAUGAUUGUUUCUACGCAUCGGUCUUCGAGGUGGAGCAGCCGGUGCUGAAAUCCCUGCCGUUGGCCGUCCAGCAGAAACAGAUCGUAGUCACCUGUAAUUAUGAGGCCCGCCGGCGCGGGUUGCGCAAGCUCCAGUUGAUCAAAGAGGCCAAACAGAUCUGCCCGGACGUCGUCAUUGUCUUAGGUGAAGAUCUGUCUAGAUUUCGCGAUGCAUCCAAGGAUCUAUUCCUCUACAUUAGGUCCUUCGUUUGGGGGGAGAAGGUCGAAAGACUCGGAUUUGACGAGUUGUUCUUGGAUGUCACCGAGAUGAUCAACUACAAUGUCGAUCUGUUAAAUCGCUAUGAUCUGGAACAUUCAUUCUUUCAUCUGGACCGACACGAACCCACCGUGGGUUUCACUUAUGAUGCCACCCGAUUAUGUGGCUCCACUUACCCAGCUGAUCCGAAUACGAUCGCUGCCGCUGCGCCCUCGACGACUGCGACAGCUGACGAAGACGCAUCAGCCUGGCUUUACACUCGACUGCUGGUGGCCUCGCACCUCGCAGGCUACCUUCGCGGUCAACUGGAGCAGCAGAAAGGGUACACUGCCACAGUGGGGAUCUCUACGUCCAAGCUUCUCGCCAAGCUCGCAGGCAGCACUCAUAAACCGAACAACCAGACCACCCUGCUUCCCCCGUAUACUACACCGGCGCUUGCUGCGCCCAGUAAUGUGCUGGAUUUUCUCGAUGCGCAUGAAAUCAGGAAGAUCCCUGGUAUCGGGUCAAAACUGACGCGGAAACUCAGUCACUAUCUUGCUGAUGAAGGCGCUCACUCAGCCCCAGCGGUGACCGCCGACGACACCGCUGACACCGACAAGGUGACUGUGAGAGACAUUCGGUUGUUGCCUGGCAUGGGCCCGUCCCUGCUCAGUCGGAUCUUAGGGGGCCCAGGGGCACCCCGAGAUAUCGGGGUGCGGGUCUGGGGACUGCUGCAUGGCGUAGACAAUACCGAGGUCGUCCAGGCAGGAGAUUUGCCCACGCAGAUAAGCAUUGAAGAUUCCUACGGUCGCUUGGACAGUUUCGACAGCGUCCGUAAAGAGCUAGUCUCGCUCACAGGGAGCUUACUUCGUCGGAUGCGGACGGAUCUGACAGAAAAGGACGGGGAGACUGACAGUACAGCAGCAAACCAAGUUGCAGUGUCUAAAGUCCGAUGGCUCGCGCAUCCACGGACCCUGCGGCUGUCCACCCGGCCCCGAUCUGCCACCGACAAUGCGCAAGCUUACCAUGGGGGGAGAAUUUCUCGUUCAGCGCCGCUGCCCAGCUACGUCUUUCAUCUUGAUGAGAGUGUAGACGCGCUGGCUGAACGGUUGGUACAAGAUCAGCUACUGACCAUGUUCCGCAAGCUUCACCCGGAGAGAUCUGGGUGGAACCUGCGGUUAAUGAAUGUCGCUGUGACGAACCUAGUAGAAGCAGCUGGAGAACGAAAGCAGAGCAGUGGACGCGAUAUUGGUAAGAUGUUUCAGAGCCAAGGGUCGCGGCGCAACGAUGCCUUGGCCAAUUCAGAGCCGGUGCACGUCUCUACGGGUAACAGCGGCUCGAUGGUUCCCCCUCGGGAAUCCCUUCAUCGUGGAGACGCUGCAGCCAUGACUGAGAAUGAAGUGGAGGAAGCUGCAUGGGAAGAGAGCGAUGGAGAAGAUGGCAUGGCUUGUGUAGCAUGUGGCGUCUGCGGCGCCAUGAUUCCGCAUUUCGCCCGAGAGGCGCACGAAGCAUUUCAUUUGGUUCCCGACUGA